CAGGCAGAAUUAAGCAAACCAAAAAGAAAGGCACGUAAGGCACACAUUAAGGGACAGCCACCAACUCGGUGGAGUAGUCGUAACAAGCACAAAGCACAGGUGCAUCAGAAAGAAGAGAGUUUGCAGACCCAAAAAUCUGCAGAAAUUAAAGAAACAAAAUUGAUGGAAGAGAAAGAUUCAGCAACGGAAGAGGAGGACGAAAACGAUAGCUCUAUAGAUAGUGAAGAAGAGGUAAAAGAAGAUAACGAGAAUCUCACGGCAGAAGAGAAGGAGGACGGCAAUCCAGUCCAUCAAAUAGGGAAAGAAAAGAGCUUAAAAGAAAGAGAAAUAAAAACAGAAAGAAACAAGCCGAUAGCUCCUAGCUAUCCAAAACAGUUAGAUCAAUCCAUCAAGACAGGGAAGAAGCUACUGGGAGAGAAAAUACCCAGAAUGAAUUAUCAAAGCCACUAUGAUCACAUGUACCGUUGCAUGAAAGCGGGAGGAGCUUCAAAGGAAGAAGCGCACGCAGGCGCCAAAGCCGCAGCAAAACAGAUAGUGAAAUCAAUGAACGAAAUUAAGGAAGAGCAAAAAGAAAAAACAAGCGAGAAAUCUUGCCCAAUAGAUACAAGUCAAAGCUAUUAUUUAAGCCAAAAGCUAUUGUUAAAUCAACAACAACAGACGGUCUCCCUCUUGGCUCAAGUACCAGCCUUUAAUGGAUUAGGUUCGACGAAAUUUGAGGACUGGAUCAAACAUUUUGAUGCAGUAAUUAAUACUUCAGAGUUUGAAGAGGGAAGGAAAAUAAAGUUGCUCUGCUCUAAACUUUUUGGUUCAGCGACCGACUGCGUAACGACUUUUCAGUUACGCUAUCCAAAAGAGGCGCAGGAGUUCUCAAAAAUAAAGCAAUGCUUACAAGACCGGUAUCAUGGAGGAGAUAGUAGAAAAAUUUACUUGACCGAAUACAACAAUUGUAUACGAAACCCUGGAGAAUCAAUUAGGGAUUACGCGUGUCGCAUACAAAAACUUUUUUCAUUUGCUUACCCAACAAGGGAGGGGAAAUUGGUAGACCUUAAAAUGAGAAAACAGCUGAUAAUGGACAAAUUCUUGGGAGGACUUAAAAACAAUCUUCGAGAACGAAUGAGCUUUAAAGAAUUUAAGAAUCUAGAUAGUUUGAUAAAAGCAACGGAGAAUUGUGCGGCCGUCUUAAAUGAAGCUAAAUUAGAAAGACGAAACGUAGAAUUCAUUAAUGCUGUCGAAUGA